GUGAGUCUCUCUGUCUGCGUCCGUCAGCUUCCUGGUUUAUUCCUGGAUUUCUGCUGGUGCAACAGUUGUUUUAUUGGGCAGUUAGUGGAUCAUUGUUCCUCGGAUUCACUAGACAUUCGUCUAAAUUCUAUCCAGAAAACUCCGUGUCUGUCGAUGCGUGUUGAUAUCCGCUCAUCUUGUGGCUCUUUAGCCUGAAGCUAACUGAAGAAGCCAAGGAAGCUGCGUCUGUAUCCGGAGCGAGAUCUCCAACAGCAGCUGAUGAUCGAAGGAGAAGAUACUUCAGAACAGCAGGAGUGCAGCUCCAGUAUGAGUCAAGAGGGACAAGAACAUCCUCUCAUUAAAGAAGAAAAAGAAGAGAUCCAGACCUUCCUCAUUGAUGUGAAGAGUGAAUAUGAUGAGGCUGGAACCAGCAGCUUUGAUCAACAACUGAAAACAGAAGAGGAAGAAAUUGAGAGUCAAGUCAACAGAACCACAGCCUCCCCCCUGUCUCUUGUGAAGAGUGAGGAUGAUGAACUUGGAAUCAGCAGCUUGACACAACAAGUGAAAACAGAAGCUGAUGGAGACAAGUGUGGAGGACCAAACCCAGCCAGCGACUUGGACACAUCUGUUCAUGCUGACCAGCAGAGGUCGCUGUGCUCUGAAUCUGACACUGACGACAGUGAAGACUGGGGAGAAACCAGUAACAAUCAUUCUGCUUCAAACUCUGUUGAGGAUCCAAACAUUUGUGGACAAAAAGGGGGAAAAAAGCCAUUUAAGUGCUCACAGUGCGGUAAAUGUUUCUCUGCUUCACUUAACCUGACUCGGCACAUGAGAAAACACACAGGAGAAAAAACUUCUACGUUCUCUCUGUGUGAUAAAUCUUUUUCGACAACAACUACACUGGGCAGUCACAUGAAUAUUCACGCUGAAGAAAAACGUCAUAGCUGCACUCACUGUGGUAAAUGUUUCAGAUAUCCAUCCGAUCUGAAAUAUCACACAAGAAUUCACACUGGAGAAAAGCCUUAUAGCUGCACUUGCUGUGGUAAAUGUUUUUCUCUGCAAAGCCAUUUGACAUGCCACAUGAGAAUUCACACAGGAGAAAAACCUUAUGGCUGCACUAACUGUGGUAAAUGUUUCAGAAAUACAUCCGACCUGAAAAAACACAUGACAAUUCACACAGGAGAAAACCCUUUCAGCUGCACUCAGUGUGGUAAAUUUUUCCGUGGUACAACAGAGCUGAAACGACACAUGAGGAUUCACACAGGAGAAAAACCGUAUAACUGCACUCAUUGUGGUAAAUGUUUUGCACAUCCCAGUGGCUUGACAAGUCACUUGAGAAUUCAUACUGGAGAAAAACCAUUCGGCUGCACUCAGUGUGGCAAAUGUUUUGUUCAGAAAGGUGCAUUGAAUAUUCACAUGAGAGUUCACACUGGAGAGAGACCAUAUAUCUGCUCUGAGUGUGGUUGUACUUUCAAAGACAAUGGGACCCUGAAGUCACAUAUGACAAAACACAUUGGAGAAAGACUUUCUAGGUGCACUCUAUGUGGUCAAUCUUUUAGUACAAAAAGUAUUUUGGCCACUCACAUGAAAAUUCACACUGGAGUAAAAUCUUUCAACUGCACUCACUGUGGUAAAUUUUUCAGACUCACAGCCGGUCUGAAACGACACAUGAGAAUUCACACAGGAGAAAAACCUUUCAACUGCACUCGCUGUGAUAAAUGUUUCCGAAGUAAAACUGAGCUGAAACAACACAUGAGGAUUCACACCGGAGAAAAACCUUAUUGCUGCACACAGUGUGGUAAAUGUUUUUCUCAGAAAGGUGUGUUGAAUAUUCACAUGAGAAUUCACACUGGAGAAAGACCUUAUAUCUGCUCUGAGUGUGGUAGUUCUUUUAAAGACAGUGGGACCCUGAAGUCACACAUGGUAGUUCACACUGGAGAAAAACCCUAUCUCUGCUCCCAUUGUGGGAAAUAUUUUACACAAAGAAAGAACUAUAUGGCCCACAUGAGGGUCUUUCAUCAAAUGGAAAAGUGAAGUCUUAAGCCUUUGGAUGCCAGAGGUUGUCAUAUCACUAUUUUAAGUAGCUGUACCAUGACUGUCAGAAAUGAGGGUACACUAUUAAAGAGAAGUUGGUGUCACCCAAAGUCGGGUGUGUAUGUUAUGACGUCAGUCGGGGAUGUCCAAUUCAAUAGCUUUUUCAGAUGUGUAUCUUAUUCAUUGGUUAUUCUUUUCUUCAUCUCUCAUGCAACGACAGUGAUGAUGGUGAGGCCCCAUCACUGAACACCAGGAAUAAAAGACACAGGAGGCAGACAAUGAGAUCUGGACGACAGAUGACUUGUGACGUGUAGUCAGAAGCUUGCUUCAUAGACGUGCUAAUAUGCUGCAGAUGUGCUGUUUUAUAGCGCCCUCUGCUGGAGGAGUCACUGUAGCUUCAUGAUGAAUCAAUCAGCCUGUGUGCACGUGUCAGUCCAGCACAUUGAUUCAAAGCAGCAAAAUGAGUUUAGUCUUCCUGGUCAUAUUUCCAUCUGUCACAUGCUCCUAAAUACUAGUGAUGGGUACAUGAGGCAUCAUAAAGCGUUUCGACACAAUGACACACUGUGCUGAUACUGUGUUGAUACUGUGUGACUGAAUACUGACACCUGCUGGACAUUAAAAAUCCCUGCAGGCAACCGACUCCAGAGACUGAACUGACACUGAUUUGAUGACCGAUUGUGUAUAAUAAUUGAUAAUGAUCAUCAUUUAAGUCUCUUCAUUCAUUAUUAUUCCAUUUCUUUAAAUAAUGUGAAGUAAUGUAUCAGAAUGUGAAAAACGUUUUUUUUAUUUAAAGAAAUCCAAUGUUUUUAAUUUUUUCUA